ACUGGCGUUUGCCUCUUUGAAUGAUGUUUCAGACCCUUAUUGCAUUGAUGUUCAGAUACCUAUUCGUUUUACCGUUCACUUGUUUUCUGUUUUGUUUAAAUGAGCUAGCCCCUUUGUUUGGAACUCUGCGUCAACCAGUUAGACCUACCUAUUUUCCAUUGGCUAGGUUAGUUAGGCUACUGUAGGCUUAUAAUUUUUUACUAGGUAUUUCAGCUGAUGCUGUCAAGUAGUCUAGGCCUAAGUAGUAAUAUCUACCUCCGGUAAUUGUACAGGAAAGGGGUGCACCAGUUUCUAGGUAGCUACCUAUGUGUAAGACAACUUAAAAUGUUAGGUUAUUUUUUGGUGGAGUCCACCCACCUCCUACGUUGUAAUUUAUAUUUUUCUUGGUUAAAACACGAGAAAGCAAGAUGUUUAUUCCAAAUACAUUACCUGCACAAAUUUAUACCUAAUAACAGAGGAAAAAAAUAAUCAAAUUAUGUUCAACGAUGGCCUCCGUGUUGGAAAGUUGUAGGUGCGCCGCCUACUGAGACUUAUGUGGUAGCUACUCUCACAAUUUAUAUGUAAUAAUGAAGAAAGUUUAUCCUUUUAACGAGAACACGCUGUUACCAAGAGAAGUGGAGUACCCCAAGUGAGAUAAGCCGUACUCUUUAAGGUCGGAUCAACAUCAAUAAGGCUGGCUGCCGGCUAGAAUUGCCUUGGCGUUGAUGGCAUGGCUUGGCUUCAUCAAUUUGUACAUGACGAGAAUUAAUGUCUCCGUCAUCAUUGUUGCUAUGGUCAAGAGGAACAGUUCUUCCAGCACGGUUGCUCCCUGUUUGGUGGCCGACAACUCACUGAAUGAAUCGGUAGAAUCUCCAACAUUUGAUCUGACAACUCAGUCUCCAUCUGGAGCUUCAUUGGUGGAUACCGAGGGUGACCUCAUGGACUGGGACGAAACUACUCAGGGUCUUAUACUAGGGAGUUUUUUCUACGGCUACUUUUUAACGCAGAUCCCUGGAGGAAGAUUCGCUGAGAUGUAUGGUACCAAAUGGGUAUUUGGGCUAUGCAUCUUUGGUGGUGGAAUCUGCGCCCUUCUGUCCCCGGUUGCUGCCCGGCUACAUUACGGUGCCUUCAUAUUCGUUAGAGUCAUCCAUGGUCUUCUGCAGGGCGUAUCUUGGCCAUCAAUGCAUGCUUGUCUAGCACAGUGGAUUCCUCCUUUUGAGCGACCAAGAUUCAUAGGGACCGUUUACUUUGGAACAAAUCUCAGUACAGCCAUGACUUUGCCGAUAUGUGGGUUGAUCAUUGACCGGUAUGGAUGGCCAGCAGCAUUUUAUUGGACAGGAUCUCUGUCUCUUGUCUGGUGUCUAUUUUGGUUCUCUCUUAUGCACAGUUACCCAUCCGAGCACCCCAGAAUCAGUAGCAAAGAGCUUGAAUAUAUCGAGUUGGCUAUAAAACAGUCUGGAACCUCCAUGGAAGAUGAUCAGCCCAAAAGCAUCCCCUGGAGAUCCAUCCUGACAAGCGUUCCCAUGUUGGCAAUGAUGACUGCUGACUUUGGCAACAAUUGGGCCAUUGGACUAUUUUACACGCAGCUUCCAACAUAUAUGAAGAAUAUUCUUGGGUUUUCAAUUAAAGAGAACGGCUUGAUAUCUGCCCUCCCUUUCAUCUCACGAUAUGCUGGAGCUGUGAUCAUGAGCAUUAUAGGAGAUUGGCUCUUGACACACAAGUACCUCUCCAUAAGGUCCACAAGAAGGAUAUUUAGCACAAUAGCAAUGUGGAUUCCAGCCAUUAUGCUGCUGGGUGUGGCUUAUGUUGGCUGUAACUGGAAAGCAAUUGUAGUCAUGUUCUGCACUGGUUUGUUCUUCAAUGGAGCAGUUGCAACAAGUACUCUUGUUAAUCCGGCUGACAUUGCUCCAAAUUAUUCAGGAACUUUGUUUGGGCUUUCCAACAUGACAAGUACAAUUGCUUCCUUUGUCGUACCAGUGGUAACUGGUGUUAUGACUGAUGGACAGCAAACAUUGGAACAAUGGCGGAAGGUAUUCUGGAUUUGCGUUCCAAUGUACAUCGUUAUGCACAUUGUUUUCUUCAUUUUUGUAUCUGGAGAUGUACAGCCUUGGAAUUUUGCUCCUCGUCAAGAAUUACCAGAUAAGAGAUACUCCAGUAAGGAUUGUGUGGAAGAGAAAGAGAUUGCUACCCUCAAUUAAGAAGAACGGCUGUUGGAAAAGAUAUAUGACUACUAGCGCAUCUAAAUUUCAUCUGCUAAUGAAACUUUGCUGAUCUAUCAAGAAUGUUCUCAACCAUAGUAAGAACAGAAGAACCCUUCAUAUCAAAACUUCUUUUGACAAACUCCAAGUGCUGCAUCAAACUGCAUUCUUGUUUCCAAAUCAUGACCUAUGA